UAUACGCACGUGUGAUCCCACCUUGCCUGUACGUGUCCUAAAACACAACGUGAUCAUGUUUAUUCCUCUACAGUUAUACAUCCUGUCUGUGAAGUGGUCCGAGGGAAGUGAAUUCAUCAUUUACAGACGAUACAGCGCGUUCUUCCAGCUUCACGAAAAACUUACCGAGUUGUUCCCAAUAGAGACGGGAGUAGUCAGCAAGAAGGACCAGAAAAUUCCUGCGCUUCCAAAGCAAAGAUGGUUUGGGAACGAGAAGUUCAAGGUGGCAGAACGAAGGCAGACGACAAUAGACGAAUAUUGCCGAAAAGUUGCGAUGGCCGAGCCGAAGAUUUCCGAACACGAGGAAGUGCUGUCCUUCUUCAAGACGUUGCCCGUAGACCUGAACCCUCCACCUCCUGACCCGGAGAUGCCGAACAAGACGUACCUGACAUUCGAGUCGAAAAAAAAGCAAGACAACGGGAAGAAGGAGAAGACAGGACUUCGCCACCUUCUGCACUUCUUGACUGGGUCUUCUGAUGAGGAAAUAGUCUCUAGUGGAGAUGAGAUGGAGAUUUCGGCGCCCAUCCUGCUGGAGACUUACCGGGCGAUCGCCACCUUCACGCCGGGCGGGAAAACUGAGGUCCGCCUGGAGGAGGGAGCGCACGUGGACGUGGUGGAGAAAAACAUGAGCGGUAGGGAAAACACCGUCUUUUCAUAAAAGAAUACCACAAAC